AGAAUUUUAAGAAUAUUAAAAUAAUCUUAUAUAGAAAAAUUUUUUAAAAUUUUAAAUGAUUCUUAUACCCACUAAUUUAUUGUGUAUAAAUGCAAGAAUUAUCUUCUGAUAAAUAAUUUCAAUCAAUAGUUAGAUCGAAUCCCAGAAAAAGAAAAGAUAAAUUAUUCAAAGAUCAAAUAAAAAUUUGUAAACGCAGGCUCACCUUUUUCUUCACCCAAUAUAGGAGUCAUUCCCUCACAAGCCGCGAAUAUGACAUUAAACGAAAAAUCUUGUUCAAAAAAAAUCCCAAGCAUGCAAGAAAAAAGUGAAGAUUUAGAAAUGAGCCAGGAUGUUUAUGAAAAGGACCAUCGGGGCCAUUGGGGUAACCAUAUGGAGUUUAUAUUAUCUAUCAUAGGCUUUUCUAUCGGUUUCGGAAAUAUCUGGAGAUUCCCUUAUGUUUGUUAUGACAACGGUGGAGGAGCCUUUCUAAUUCCAUACAUCAUAAUGCUCAUCUUGAUAGGAAAGCCGUUAUACUUCAUGGAAUUAGCUCUAGGGCAAUUCACCCGCCAAGGACCUCCAGGGGCUUUUAAAAUAGUUCCUAUAGCUAUGGGAGUGGGCUAUGCCAUGUUAUUCACCUGUCUAAUUAUUUGCAUUUACUACAAUGUUCUGAUGGUCUACACUCUCUAUUAUACCUUCGCCUCUUUCCAGAGACAUCUUCCAUGGUCUCAUUGCAACAAUUCUUUCAAUACGGAGAAUUGUGUAGUCUUAACAAGGUAUCAAGAUUCUGCCAACCAAUCCUUCACCAUGGCUCAUAAUUCAACUCAAGGUUAUAAUUCAAGCUGGACAAAUUAUAAUGCCACUGAUUUAACCAGUUUAACUAAUCUGACCAAUUUAUCCAACUUUUCUAAUUUGACACAUAUGAUUGGCGCCAAUUCUACAUCUAUGAAUAAUUUAUCGACUACUGUAGUGAGAAAAGUGUCAUCAUUGGAAGAAUUUUGGAAAAUAAAAGUGUUGGGAUUUGAUAGAUCAACGGGCAUACAUGACAUAGGACCCAUAAAAUGGGACCUAGCCUUGAUACUUUUUCUAUCUUGGGGAUUGGUAUUCGCUAUGCUUUUCAAAGGAAUUCAAACUUCUGGAAAGGUUAUAUAUGUGACGGCGACUCUUCCUUAUUUGCUUCUAGUUAUUCUACUCAUUAGGGGAGCUACUCUUCCCGGUGCACGUGCGGGGAUUUUAUAUCUAUUCACUCCGCAAUGGAGAAAACUAUUGGAUAUAAAAGUCUGGAGGUCAGCGUGUGCUCAGAUAUUUUAUUCUUUGAGUCUAGCUUUGGGGGGUAUAACCACGUUUUCUAGUUUCAACCCCUUCCAUAAUAAUUGUUACAAGGAUGCCAUGAUAGUGAGCAUAAUGGAUACCGUAACAAGUUUGAUGGCGGCAACCGUCAUCUUUUCUUACCUAGGAAAUAUGGCACAGGAUAUGAAUAUUUCAUUAGCACAAGGCGCCGAAACUCUCUCAGGUCCUGGUUUAGUCUUCAUAGUGUAUCCUCGAGCCGUCUCCACUCUUCCAAUACCUCAACUAUGGUCCGUCCUUUUUUUCAUCAUGCUUUACAGCUUAGGGUUGGAUAGCUCGAUUGCCUUAAUUUCCACCCUUACCAGUGCUAUUCAUGAUCAACUUCCAAACCUUUUCCCUUGGAAACAUAAGACAUACCUAUGUUUAGCUUUAUGCUUCAUUUGCUUCUUACUGGGAUUACCAUUGGUAACUUACGGAGGUUUCUAUGUAUUUGAUUUGGUGAACUUUUAUGUUGGAGAUUUUUGCCUGAUUAUGAUAGCGGCUGCAGAACUUAUCGCUAUCAUGUGGAUAUACGGUAUCAAAAGAUUCAUAAAGGACAUCGAGGUCAUGCUAGGUCGCAAAAUACCCCAAAUAUGGUAUUGGUACACUACCUGGUUUUUCAUAGGUCCCAUUAUUUUACUGGCUAUUGCGAUAGCUUCGUUAUAUGAUCUCGUCACCCAAGGCGAACAUAAAUUAGAUAAUUACAGUUUUCCGGGAUGGGCCCAUAAUUUUGGUUGGACAAUGACGUCCCUCAUUUUAGCUCAAAUUAUUAUAGUUGGGAGCGUAUACUUUUACAGACAGCCUGGCACUUUCACGGAAAAAUUGAGAAAUUCCAGUGUACCCUCUAAGGACUUUUGGCUAAAUGAUUGUGAUUACAAGGAUGAAAAUUUUGACAUUAUGUUGAAAACCAAAUUAGGCUCAAUCUGAUUAAAAUAAAGUCUUUUUUAUAAUUAAUUUUUGAUUAUAAUGUAUUGAAAUUUAUUGUUUUGUUUGAAAAAUAUUUAA